CUUGGCAUUUCUCCUAUAACUGCAUAUCAUUUCCAGUAUAUUGGCUCCGCCUUGUUUCUCAAAAACCAAACCCAUUUACGAACUCUCUAAAAUGUCCCUAAGAUCGCUCAACUCUAAACCCAAAACCCUUCACUCUAUCUUCCACUCUCUUCUCUCACCCCCCAAACCCAACACUUAUUACAAUCCCUUCUCUUCUCUCACUUACCAAAACCCACCACCUCCACCAUCACCACACCUGGUGAAUGAGAUCUCACGCAUUCUCAGCGACCACAGAAACCCUCACCACGACUUGGAGCAUUCCCUCAACCCUUUGUGUACCCAAAUAUCCACAAACUUGGUUGAACAAGUUCUUAAACGGUGCAAAAAUCUUGGCCUCUCUGCCCACAGGUUCUUUCUUUGGGCUAAAACAAUUCCGGGGUUUCAGCACAGUUUUGAAAGCUAUCACAUUUUGAUUGAGAUUUUGGGAAGUAGCAAGCAAUAUGCUGUGUUGUGGGAUUUCCUUAUAGAGGUGAGAGAGUCCAAGUGUAUUGAGAUUGUCCCAGAAGUUUUCUGGCUUAUUUUUAGAGUUUACAGUAGAGCUAAUCUGCCUCGUGAUGCUAUUCGAGCUUUUAAUAGAAUGGUUGAGUUUGGAAUUAAGCCUAGUGUUCUUGAUCUUGAUCAGCUUAUGUAUACGUUAUGUAAAAGAAAGCAUGUCAAGUAUGCCCAUGAGUUUUUUGAUAAAGUUAAGAGUGGGUUUGAGUUGAAUGCUAAAAUUUAUAGUAUUUUGAUGAGGGGUUGGGGAGACGUUGGUGAUUCGGAUGAGGCACGUAAGUUGUUUGAUGAAAUGACUGAACGAGGAUGUUUGGUGGAUGUGCCUGCAUAUAAUAGUUAUUUGGAAGCUUUGUGUAAAGGUGGGAAAGUUGAUGAGGCCUAUAAGGUAUUCCGGGAGAUGGGGUCAAAUGGAACUGACCCGGAUGCUUGUACUUAUUCGAUUUUCAUUCGUGCAUAUUGUGAAGCCAAUGACAUUCAUUCAGUUUUUAGGGUGCUUGACAGGAUGAAGAGAUAUAAUCUUUUGCCUAAUGUGUAUUCUUACAAUUGUAUUAUCAAGAAGCUGUGUAAGAAUGACAAGGUGGAAGAGGCUUACCAACUUUUGGAUGAGAUGAUUGAGAGGGGAGUUAUGCCGGAUGCGUGGAGUUACAAUGCAAUCCAAGCUCAUCAUUGUGAUCAUUGCGAGGUUAACAGGGCUCUUAUGUUGUUAUCUAGAAUGAAAAAAGAUAACUGCAAGCCAGAUCGACAUACUUAUAAUAUGGUGCUAAAGUUGUUGAUUAGGAUAGGAAGAUUUGAUCGGGCAACGGAAGUUUGGGAGAGUAUGGGGGAGAUGGGAUUUUAUCCUUCUGUUUCAACAUAUUCCGUAAUGAUCCACGGUUUGUGCAAGAAAAAACAUAAGCUAGAGGAGGCUUGUAAAUACUUUGAGAUAAUGAUCGAUGAAGGUAUACCACCAUACUCUUCUACCGUUGAGAUGUUGAGGAACCGGCUUAGGGGCUUAGGGCUCCUCGAGCAUACUGAGAUACUUGCAAGUAAGAUGGAACAAAGCACUUCUUGUUCAAUACAAGAGAUGGCAAACUUGAUGAGAGGUAAUAAAACUUAUGUAACAUCUAGAAGUGAGCAUACUGACAAUGAAAGUGAUUGAUAAACCGAAGGCUGAGUAUCUGGGGCUAGCGCGCAGGAUCUGCAUGCAGCAGUUACCUGAGUCUGAAGAGAGCUCUCCAGAUGAACUGUCAGAUAUUGACAUUGGCAUCAUGAUUGGAGAAAUCCUGAAAAGAUUAUGGGUUUCUAUAUGAAGGGGCCGCUGUGCAAUUGCCAAGAUAAAGGAUGAAUUGGGAAGGAGGCCAAACUUGAAUCUGGAGAUUGCUACUGUGAAUCUUAUUGGCAAUUUUUAAGGAAACAUGGCCUUAUUUUAAUGGUUGGUCAUUUGCCAUGUGAACUAGUGCAAACACUUCUUACUAAAUGAGAAAUGGUUUUCUUUGCUAACGAGAAAACCUUCUGACCAGUACAUGCCUUCGUUGUGACAUAUAGAGUGUUAGGGUAAACACCAAGUAUGUGCUACAUGAGAAACGAUUUUCUAACUUCUGAGUUCAUUUCCUUGAUGCUUCGAUACUGAUCAAUGAACCUCUUCUUAAUUGCAAUUUCUGCAGACCAUUUUCUUUGGGAACUUGUACUUGGAUGUAUUCCAUAGGUGCAGCCAUAUUUUACUAUCUUGGUGAGUUACCAAUUGAGUUUUGUAAACACAAUACCCUGUUGAAGUUUGAUAUGUUAUUUCCAUCAACAAUAUGAGCUGAGCAUAAAAACCUCAUGUGCUGUUAGGGUUUGUUUCA